CAUUUGUGGAGUGUCAAAUGAAGAGAUUCCUUGAUGGCACGGCGGCCGCCUGGGAGCCACUUGUCCUCCUCUUCGCAGGAUGAGAUUCAGGCCUUGCUGGAUGAGUGUGAUCGGAUGCAGCGCAACUGGGACCUUCCGGGCUUCGGCCGAGCGAAGAGCCAUCGAAGAGAAAGAGUUCCAGAACCACAUGGGAAAGGUGGCAAAGGCCAGGUUCGCGACAUGUUGUCCUGGGCGCUGGCCCGGCAUCGUGCUUUGGAAGAGGAGACAAAGCAGGAGAAAGACGUGGAAUUCCUGUCGCUGGAGUCGGUUAACAUGGCCGAUGCACUUCAAGAGGCCCAUGAGGCCUUGCAAGACGCCAAGCUCCGGAUCCGCGCUGCCGAGGCCCAUGCAGGGCCGAAAAAGGAAGGCUGCUGAGCGUGAGAAAGUCAGGGAGCAGCUCAAGGCGGAGAUGUAUGAGGCUCGGAAGGAUCGAAGAACGGUUUCAGAGGUGAAGACUGAUUUGGACAGCUCAGCACCGGAAGCCUGCAGUGCACAAGAAUCAGAAGAGCUUUCGGGUAUGAGCCAACAUGGCUCAGACUUGGAGGCACCGCCCAAGCCCUCGGAGCAAGAUCAGCUCAGCCAGCUCAGUCAACCCUUUGUUCCGAAGCCACCAAGCAGAGAUCAAGCUUCGGCCCGACCUCCUCGGUGGAAAGUAGUUGGUGGAGUUGGCAAAGGAGGGAUCAUCGUCCGUCAAGAACGUGACUUACAGUCAGAACAACUGACAGAGCGGCUUUCCACUGGUGCAAUCGUCGAAGAAAUUGAGCUGUUUGGAGACCGCUUACAUUAUUCUCGACUCUCUGGCACUGGGCCUCAAACUGGCUGGGUGAGUCUCCGAAUGGCGCGAAAGGAGUUGUUGAUUCCAGUGAAACCACCCGCGAGACCGGCAAGGCCAUUGCUUGGGCAAGCCCCAGGGCGACCCGGGCGACCCGCAAGGCCUGAAUGGCGUCACUGGCAUAGCGAAGAGUUGCCUUUCACUCAAAUGGAGCCACCAAUCAGAAGUUCCUCUGCACAGAGCGAGCGAUGUGAACGGAAGCCAACCUCCUUGCCACGGCUCCCUCAGCCAAAGAGCGCCCCGCCACCAAGGACGAGACCAGAUCUCACUUUGCCUCCUCUUCCACCUCUACUUCCAAAUGGCAAACCGAUACAUCAAGCAAUGUAAGCUAUUGAAAAGAAGGACUGUCUCACCAAACGCUGCGCAAAUCUGCGGCGUCGGAGAAUGAUCGCCUUUAUUCGUGCGAGAAAGAGUGAGACCACCCUCGGAGUAG